UAAAUAUUUUAUACUUAUAUUUUAUAACUGAUAAUAUCUUCGAUUUCUAUGUACAUUUUUUGGAAUUAUAUAAAUCAUGAAGUACAUUUACUACACUUUACAAUUACACGUAGAAUAUUUAAUUUUUUAUUUAAAUUGUUUUUACAGCACCUGUAAUUAUAUUAUAAUUUAUUCAGAUCGUAUUUAGAUGUAUAAUUGAAUUUCUUCGCCAAUAUUCACAUAACUGUAUUUAAAUUGUGUUAAUUUGUAAAGCAAACCGUUCUUUUUGUCAGUGUUCAAAUAUUCAUAUUGGAAAUAUGUUCACGUCGGUAUCCAUGGAAGUAUCUUCGUGCCGUCUGGUUUGCUAUCAAAUGCUGCCCUCUGUUAUAUAUCAGAACGCAAAACUUCCAGUUCGCAGGCGCAGGUCUUCCGGUAUAUAUACUAGUUUACCGUCUCCUAUAUGCUACCGAGGUGCAUUCUUUCCUCGUAUCUCGCUGGUGCUGGACCGUCUGGACUCGCUAGUUCCCCUCUGUCUCUCUCUCUCUCCCUCUGUCUCACCCCACCACACCCUUCUCUCCGACGACCUUCGUCCUUACGUACCAGUUCCACAGUACUUGCGUGGUAGCGGCCGUUUUCACAGCGACCCCACUACCAGACUUCACGACCAGUUCCCGUUACUGGUAGUCUGUCUGGUACCUGAUGCGGCAACAGUUGUUCCUCACUGCGCUCACUGUCUGCCUACUUUCCUUCUAUUCAAUGAUCUUUUUUUUAUCUUCCCCCACUUGUCCCCUUCGCGAGCGAUCAUUUUGUUCUCGUACACUCUCGCGUAGGUCUUAUCCGAACGUCCGUGAACGCCCGAUAAGAGCGACAGUGUCAGGGUCAGUGUGAGUGGGGCAACGCGACGGCGUGUAAGAGCGAAGUCGGGAGAGUUUGGUGCGGAGCAGUACGGGUGAAGGGGUUCGCCCUCGUCUCUCUCUCUCCCACCCGUCGUCAGUCACCGUCGACGAAACAUGUCUCUCAUCGCCGACUGCUUUCGCCGUCUGACGGACAUCUCGUCCUGUAAAAGCGAGGUACGCGACACAUGCUGCUUUAUCUUGCAUGCCAGUUCCGCGAUAAGCAUCUGAUGUAUCGGAGUAUAAAGUAGUAUGCACGCUCCGACUAAGGAUUCUUGAGGAGCGGCUGGCAAUCAAAGAAUUUCAUUUGUCACAGAUGCAACUUCUCUUUCUUUAAAUUAUUGUCUUUACUGAAUGAUUAUUUUUUAAUCAAGCAGCGUGCGGAUUAACUCAAAGGCUACAAAGUAAUGGAUGUGCGUCGUACGCGUAAAAUUGGUAUUGCCUGCCGAAAUUUUCAGGAUUUGAAACAAAAAGCUUGUUCAAAAUUAAAUGUAAUUAACGAUCCGGCGGAAGUAAACGUUUUUCUUCUGGACGGAUCAUUGAUCGAUGAAGAGUAUUUUCAUACACUGGAACCACAAACUACUUUGAUUUUACAGAAGCCAGGGGAAAAAGUGUUAUCCGAUGCGGACAUUCUCUACGAUGCACUGAGACGCGUAAACAUCGAUUUUCUCACCGCCGGCGACAGGGUGACGCAAUUCUUAACGGAGAAUCUUAAAGCAAAAGUCGCCUUGUUGAACAAAGCGUUGAACAAAGAUGACUCUCGGACAGUACUUAGUACGAGGGAGCAGCAUCCGGAAUGGUUUAAAAAUUUGGAAACUAAUUACAUGACGAAGGAAGCAUACAUGCACCGCAGAUGUCAAGACAGAAUACGUACUUAUCUUUACAAGACGAUUGAGCAGAUCAAGUGCUCGGACGUGUUCAUGAACGAUCGCAAGGCGAGGCAGCAGCUUUUGCGUACAAUAACGUUCUUUAAACUUCAGCUUAGGCAGGAUCACUAUUUUGGGUUUUACUUUGAUAGGAGUAGAGCGGCGAUUGACACCAAGAGCGACAGUGACGAAACCGAUUAUGAUAAAUGUUACGAGCACUGUCCCUGCAAUUUUGGUCGUAAUAGCGAUGAAACAUCUCUUCGUCAACGGUGUCUGCCUCAGUUGUCGGAUACGAAUGUGACCGUUGAUUCAGAUAAUAUCGACGAAACGGAUGCGAGAAAGUUUCAUGAAUCUAAGAAAAACGCGAAAACGACGACCGACGAGAACUCGGAGAGUUGUCCUUAUCGCUUAAAACCAUCAGAAAAGCAAAUCGCUAUUUGCGACAGAAAGGGCGAGUUUAAAUGCGAAGGUCGGUGGAACACCGAUGGUUGUUCUUACGGCGAUAGGCACAAGAUUAAUCCAUAUAGAUCCAAGGAGGAGCUUGCCUUAUUCUCUACAUGGAAUUUGGAUCACCAAAUCGAAAGGUCCAGGACGCUAAUUCCGAAGCUGCUGCAGCUCUCGCAACAAGACACGGUCAAUGAACAAGAUAUCUACGACUGUUACGACAAUCUGUUCACCGUAAAGAAUUUAAGGAUAGUCCAUAUCGUAUGCCAUGAUAAAGGAUCGCAUAAGUAAACGUUGACCCUGAGAGAUUAUAGGUCUGGCACAUAUAUUACGCUUCUAUAAGUGCUGAUUAUAUACGUGCAUGCCAAAGAGUAAUUGUACACGUGAAAGAGAUUAGACUGCAAAUCCAAGUGUGUAUUUAAUUGUGCAUAAGAUUAUGUAGUCACUUUUUAUGCAUUUACAUGCGUUAUUACUUUUAUACUUCUUACACUUGUAUCAAUAUGAAAUUACACGUGUCGGUAAAAAGUACAAGAAUAACAUAUAUGUAAAUGCAUACAAAAAUGAUUACACAACUUUACACAUAAGAAUACAUACUUGAAUUUAGAGUGCACAUUCAGAUGAGUAGAGCGCACACGAUCUCCUCAAAUACAGAUCUCUACAAACAUAAGUAUAUUUAAUAAAUUUAAGUGCUGUUGAUAGAAUGUAGAUUUAGCGAUUACAUUAAUGUUACACUAUUGGGUAUACUUCCAUUGCGGCAUCAAACAAUAAGCAAUAACAUUAAUAAUGAAAUGUCCAUUCCAAAGUUCGAAAUAUUACAAUUUUCAGUGAUUCUGAAAAUUAUCUGUUUUGUAGAUAGGAAAUAUAAAUAAUAUUGAUAUGUUAAUAUACAAGUUUGAUUCUGAUAAUUAUUUUAUAAUACAAGACGUUAACUAGAACGGAAUUAAUUAAUAUAAAAACUGUCGGUGUUCAAAAAUACGCUUAUUUUUUAAUAUUUUUUGAUAAAUGCCAACUUUUCAGUGAAAGAGAUUCUAAAAUAUAUAAUUGAAAAGAAAUUUUACAUAUUUAAUAUAUACUUAUUUUAUUUAUUAUAUAAAUAAAAAAUAAUUAAAAAUCUAUUUUUUAUGAUAUCUUAAUUAUACGAUUAUUACAAUGAUUUCCAUUGUCACUCUAUUUUUAUCGAUAUACUUACAUAACGAUUGUUCAAAGAAACUAUCCUAUAAAUCAAUUACGAAUACAGGGUUGCAUAAAUCGCACGCAAUGGAAGAACUAUAAUUUACUCCAGCGGUUAUAAAAGUUGCCAAAGAGAAAAGCUGUUGUUUCAAAUAUGUCGUUAAGCAUUGAAUAUAUUCAAUGCUUGUAGGUAACAUCUAUUAACAACUUUUUGUCAUCAAAUCAGAAACAGCUCUGAGCAAUAGGCUUCCAUUAAAAUCAGAUUGAAUCAACUUAAUUUCUGAUUUGACUUGAUUUUAAUGAAAAUUCAACGCUCGUCUUGCUCCAUGAAAUAUGUAGAUUAUCUUUUAGGUAUAUUUUUAUUCUGAAUGACUGCUCGAUAAGAGACAAAACAAAGUUCUGAUAUAUACAUAUUAUAUAUAUAAUAUUUAGAGAAAAAUACAUAUAUAUAUAUAUAUAUAUACACGAUAUAAUUAUUCCUAUAGAUACAAAACUUUCCAUAAGUUUUGCGAUUCCAUUCGUAUUUAUAUCAAUUAUUUAUUAAUUUAAAGUAAAUAAUGUUUUUAAAUUUGAAAAUUGUUUCUCAAUGUUUUUCUAUAAAUAUAUUUUUAUAACUUAAAUCCAAAUUUUAUUAAAGAAGAAAGAGAAAGAGAGAAAAAAUAAAGUUCGAUAUAAAAUUAUACAAAGAAUAAAAUCUUGUUAUCUAUUUGAACCUCUUUCAAAUUGAUUAAAAUGUAUACAUUUUCGCUUAAAAACUUAUUAAAAGUUAUAUCUUUGUUAUAAUAAUAAAGAUCAAUAAUAGAAUCAAAAUGAAAAGAAGCUAAUUAAAAGAAAGUACGGAAAUUCUGAAAGAGCUAUAUAUCCUUUUAUAUAUAUUAUUGAGUAAUGUUUUAGGAAUUUUUAUCAUACACAUAAAAUAAUGUAUUUUUAAGAUUUAAAAAAUUGCAAAAGUUCUAAACGUCACUAAUUUUUCUUUUUCUGAAUUACUUAACUUAAUUUGCUUUCUAUAUUCUAACAUUUAAUUAUGUAAUUAAUUAUAAAUAUAACUGCGAGUUUCAAAAAUUAAGAAACGCGCGACACUAAUGCGAGUAAUAUAGACUGAUGUUCUAAAAAUAUGAAAUGUAAAGCAGCAAUGUAAUUUUAUAUUUUACAGAAUACUUAUAUUAGUUCCUUUUAUUAUUCUAAGAGCAUUUGUAUUUGAUUAUUUAUAUCACACAUUACUGAGUUGUAUUAAAUAUCUUGAUAUAUAUUAUUGUAUCGAACAAUAUCGUUCCUAAUUUAAUCAAAGGAUUUGACUGCUUCGCAAACAUGUUUGUAUGUUGUGUAUUGUUAUACACAGGUUUUAUUAACUACAGGGUGCAGAAUUGUAGAAACAAUUGUUAUGGCUUUGACCAAUACAUGUCUCACUCUUCUGAGUAGACUUCUGCCAUUUAUAUAGCUUCUGAUGCUUAAAAAGUAUUACAUAUUACUAGAUACAUCAGUAAAUGAAUUAAAUUAAAGCUAAUGACUUGAAUAUUUUUUAGGUAAUUUCUAUAAAAUCUUGUGCAAAACAACGAAAGUAACAUAAGAAAAAUUUUAUAGUAAUUGUCAAAACCAAAAUUGAUUUCAACAAAGAAUUAAAUUAAAUUAUAUAAUAAAAGAUUGGUUGUAUAUGUCUUAUAAAAAUUAAGUAAAAAUAAAACAAUUUUGUUUUAUAUGCUUUGUAAUAGAAUUUGAGUUUUUUGAUUUUAUAUAUGCUGUCCAAAUAAAUUCGAUAAUCAUUCACUGAUGUACCUAUCCUAUAAAAUUGCAAUAAUAUGCAGAAUUAAAACACAGAAGAAUUAAUCUCGUUGCCAUCGAAAAUAAGUUUAUAGAUUGCUUAAAUCUGAAAAUAUAAAAAUACGAAAAUCUAGUACAUUACACUUUAGAUUUCCUGCUUCUUUAAGAGAAUUCUUUAAAUAUUCAGUGCAUUUUAUAUUUCGAUAGCAACGUGAAUUUUUCAAUCAUUUAUUUAAGCAAAUUAUUCUGCAUAUACGUAUUUUGGACUGAUUUAUUUAUAUUUUUUACUUAAAAUUAGGAACUUAUACUAUUGCAAUAUAAUUAAUUGUAUAACUAUACUUGCUAAUUUUAUGCCAUCGUUAAUUACCAAUGUUAAUAAGCUAUACCAGAAAAUCUACAUCUUUAUCAUCUUCAUUAAUUUGACGUUAUUUAUGUCGAUAAAACAUACCAUUUUAAAUUUCUAAUUACUGGCUAAAUUUCAUAUUAUAUCUAAUGAAAUUUUAGUAAAUUUAUUUUUUAUAAAUUAUCCUGCUGCAACGUAUGUAGAGUAAAAUACCAAAUAUGGAAUACAUUAUUAAUUUAAAAUACUACAGAGAUUAAUAAUAUAAAAAUUAUGGAAUGUUA